UCUCUUUCUCUUGGCAUCAUCAGUUCUUUUUCGAGUGUCUUCUUGAUUUGAUCAAAUAGUCAAAAUUUGAAUCAAACGCCUCCAUUGUAUCUUGAGAGAGAUUUUCUAUCAUACUCCAAUCGUGACUUCGUUGGAUAGGGGAGAAACAUCUCUUAAAAGAUAACAUUUUUUUUUCGUGCCUUAGAGUUCAUUAAAUUUUCAGAUUUUCCUACAUUUUUCCUAACAUAAAUUAAGCAUGAUUAUCUAAUAAACCAAGGUUUUAGAUGAAAAUAAAAAUAUUUCAACUUCAUUACACAAUUUCAUCCAACCAUCAUGCUAAGCACAAUUUGCUAAAUAGCAUUGUUAGUCAAACUCACUUCAUUUCCAGUGUUUACAGAGCCGGUUUUGGUAAGUGAGGCCCUUGCCUCAGGCCCAAAAAUUUAGGGGCCCAUUUUUUUUUUUUUCCUUUGAAAUACCUAAUUCCUAUUCUCUGUGCUUUGUCCCGGUUGCAAGAGGCGUCUGGCGAAGAAGACACACAAGAACCAGAGUCCAGAGAAACAGAAAAGUGAAAGGGGGCAGAAAGGAAAAAGUAAAACUGAAGUUACCCAGCCGACAGCCGUCCGCCGCGCCACGCCACGCCACUGCUGCCGCCUGCUUGCCGGGAAAAACUCGCUGUCUUCCUCCCCUCGGCAUCGCAACGUUCUUAUACGGUGGUUUGAAUUUUCUGUCCUUGGGCGAUGGCGAAAGAAGACAAUUUGGAACGAAAAGAAUGGGAUUCCCAUGGACUGCCGGUGAAUAUUGUGGUCAGUCUCAACAAGCUUAGUGGAUUCAAGAAGUAUAAAGUCUCCAAAGUCAACUUUUUGCAUCCACGAACCAGGUCCAUUAUCAAUGUUGAAGAUGCGUUCAACGAUUUGCUUACGCUACAACCUUGUAGGAUUUAUACGAAAGCCCAACUCCAAAAAGAAGUUGAAAAUUUAGCUUCUUCUGGGUGGUUCAAGGAAGUAGAGCUCGACAUGAAAACGAACUUUGAUGGAACAGUUGAUAUCAAUUUCCCCAUUAAAGAAAUGUAUUGGGGGUCAAAGUAUCGAAUGAAAUGCAUCGGCGUGAAUUCGCUUCUAGAGCUGGAUUCAAUCCAAAUGGAUGAAAACAUGACACAGAAUGAAGCAAUGGAAUUCAUGAUGAGCUACAAUAGACAAUAUCGAAAACGAGUGGAGGAAGCCAGGCCAUGCAUGUUGCCAAUGGCAGUGCAAGGAGAAAUCCAAGGAAUGCUGAGACAAUGUGGUAAUGUAAAUUCAAGGCUUUUAAGAAAGAUUGCCAAGAGAAUAGAGAAAUGGUAUCAUGAAAAUGGGUACCAACUUUCUCGGGUCGUGAAUUUCGGGAAUUUGGAUCCGAAUAGUAAGGAACUUGUGUGUGAAGUGAUGGAAGGAGAUAUAAAUAGGGUGGUUGUUCAGUUUCAGGAUAAGCUUGGGAAUAUUUGUGAAGGAAAUACUAAGCUUGGUGUUAUUACUAGAGUACUACCCAAACAGUUAGGAAAAGGACGUGUUUUCCAAAUCGAGGCGUUCAGAAAGGCUUUGAAUAAUCUCAAUUCUCUAAAUCUUUUUUCUAAUAUUGAACUCAAUCCAUCCAUGGAUGAGAGAAAUGGAGCUAUCACUGCUGAAAUUAAGUUACAGGAAGCACAAUGCCAAUCAGUUGAAGUCAGUACAGAAUGGAAUAUCGUGCCUCAACGCAAUGGUCGACCAAUGUUGGCUUCAAUACGACCUUCAGCGAAUAUUUCCUUAGAGGUUCGAAAUCUUAAAGGCCUAAAUCGAAGCAUUAUUGGCUCAAUGACUCUUAGCAACCUAUUUGAUCCCGAGGAUGAUCUAGGUUUCAAGUUUGAAUAUGUACAUCCAUAUCUAGAUGGUGUGCAUAAUCCUCGCAAUCGCACCUUUCGCGCUUCAUGUUUCAACAGUUCGAAAUCUAGUCCUGCGUUUACAGGUGGUCCUGAAGUAGAUUUGCCUCCGUUAUGGGUAGAUCGUGCUGGAGUUAAAGCCAAUAUUACCGAGGAUUUUACCAAACAGAGCAAAUUCACUUGUGGACUUGUCAUGGAAGAAAUCAUAACCCGUGAUGAAAAUGGUCAGAUUUCUAGAAAUGGUCAGAAGGUGAUGUUAAAUGGGGAUAUCAGUGCUAAUGGACCUCCAACUACGCUAAGUGGCACUGGGACGGAUCGCAUGGCAUUUUUACAAGCAAAUCUAACACGAGAUAAUACGAGAUCUCUAAAUGGGGCAUUAAUUGGUGAGAGGAAUGUGUUCCAGUUUGAUCAAGGACUUUGCAUCGGUAGCAAGUUCCCAUUCUUCAAUCGCCACAAGCUAACAAUGACCAAAUUUUUUCCCUUAAAGCAAGUAGAAGAAGGUAAAGGUAAUCUUGCUCCACCUGUUUUAGUCCUUCACGGCCUCUAUGGUGGUUGUGUAGGGGAUCUCCCGAACCAUGAAGCUUUUACACUUGGGGGACCAUAUUCAGUCAGAGGUUACAACGUGGGAGAGCUAGGAGCAGCUAGACAAAAACUCGAGUUGGCGGCUGAGGUUCGAAUACCCAUGAAAAAUGCGUACGCUUAUGCAUUUGCAGAACAUGGAAACGAUCUCGGCAGUUCAGUAUCUGUACAAGGAAAUCCCACGAAGGCAUACAUGAGAAAUGGUCAUGGUUCCUCGUAUGGUGUUGGAGUGAAGCUCGGUCAAGUACGUGCAGAGUAUGCUGUUGAUCAUAACUCAAGGCGUGGCUCACUUUUCAUUCAUGUUGGGGAGAGAUUCUGAGAGUUGUUCAUUAAUCAGAUUAUUAAUUUUUCUUAUUAAUUAUCCAAAUUUUGUUCUUAAAUAUAGGAGGAUUGUAAAGAUUCUUGAAGAAAAAAAUAAAUAAUUUGACUUCUUUU